AUGCGCUCAGGACUGAUGCCUCCUGUGCUGGAUUGGAUGAGCUCUGGUAGCCCAGCGCCUCUCCACAGCCUCGUGAAGAUCGAAUUCCCACUCUUUGUAUCUGGGUUGACAAGGCUUGGAUCCCUGAUGCUGGUAUCGGACUCUGUGAACUCAGGCCUUCUGCUGCCCCCUCAAAGCUUUGUGCGCCCAGGCAGCUUGAUGCUGGCUUAUGCGAACAUCCGGCUGGGCUUCAGCUUGUCAGUGCCAGAUCACGUGACCCCCGGCUCGGCCGUACUGUUGCGUUCUUACGUGCGCCUGGGAUCUGCUACGCUGGUCUAUGGCACCACGCAGCCAGACCUUCCUUUGCCAGCUUUGGAUCACAUCCAAUCUGACCUACCUUUGCUGUUGCAUGGGCUUGUUCGGUUUGAGCUUGUGAUGCUUGUGUAUGGAGUAGGCCGACCCGAGCCUUUGCCGCCAAUCUUGGAUUUUGUGAGCCUUGGACCACUUAUGUUUCCAAGAACUUUUGUAUGCAUCGGGCCAAUCUCGCUGGCGUUCGGCGUGGCGAGACUUGGGCUUUUCUUGCUUGCUCUGGAUCUUGUGUCAUUGGGCAGCGCACCAUCCUUGAGGCAGUUUGCGUGCCUUGGCCUGGCACUUUCGACUUACGGGACGGUUUGUUUGGGGUCCUUGCCGCCCAUGCCGGACCACGUGACUUCUGGCAGCUUCUUGCUACUGCAUGGCAUGGGCUGCAUGGAAUUCUUUACUUCCGUCUUUGGGUUGUCUUGCUCAGGGCUGAUGAUGCCAGCCUUGGACUAUGUGCACAUGGCUUCACCGGCCUCGCUCCGCGGCUUUGGAUAUUUGGGGUCUUCGCUGCUUGCCUAUGGCAUGCAGUGA